GCGGACGCAUCACAAUGCGACAACGACUUGGCGACAAGGCCGUGGGACGAACACUAGACCACUUUGCAUCAUGGCAGCCGUCGAUGGCGCGCUCCGGCAUCUGGCCGGGGGAUGGACCGAGAAGAACUCGCUCUUCCGUGUGGGGGACAACAUCUCGGAAUGGCUCGUGAUGCUCCUGAUGUUCCUCGUGGUGCUGGGGGUGAUUCUGUUCGAGCAGGUGUGGCACUGGCUCGGCCACAAGCUCCAUCCGUACCCCAAGUACCACGAAAUGAUGCACAAGAUCACGAGUGAGCUCAUGAUUCUUGGCAUGCUCGGGUUGUUCGUCCACUUGUUCUCGGAAGCGUACUGGAUCGACUUUUACUCGAAACCAGUGAAAGCGUUCAAGAUUGCAGACCAAACGAUCUUCUUCGUGGCGUGCUUCCUCAUCUUACAAGCACUCUUGAUCUUUUACGUGAUGCGGCAGAAGAACAUCAUGACGGACCAGAUUGAGCUCGUGUCGUCGCAUUACGUGUACCAAAAGGCCAAGGCCGCAUUGAACAAGGACAACUACGCCAACUGGUUCCAGUACGAGGCCAAGAAGACCCGUGCGCUGCGCGUGAUGCGGCACAAGAUCUUGAGACGGUUCUUCCUCAAGACGUACAACCUCCCCGAGAUGUUUCAGUUUUCGUGGUACUUGCGCAUGCAGCAAGAUUCGCAGAUUCAGCACUUGAUCGAUAUUGAACUGACGCAGUGGAUGCUCCUGCUCCUCGUGUGGUGCGGGUUCAUUGCGGCCCACAGCAGCAUCGAGCAGAACCUUGUCACGUACGACGACGACGAGCAGCCGAAGUACGUCCGCGUGUACGUCUUUAUGGCGUUCGAGUCCCUCUUGUCGAUCGUCAUGCUUCUCAUGUGGCUGUACAUCAACAAGUGCAUGAACACGAUCUACAAGUACCUUGGCAUCUACAAGAACAAGGAAGUUCUGCCCAAGAUGCGCGAGUGCGCCGAGGAAGAGCGCCACACGCGUGAAAGCCAGGAGGAUUCGAUUGCGCAACUCCAGCGUCUGCACUACAACAUGGACAUGCAUGCUCACGGCCACCAGUUCUUCCUGGCAGCAGACCAGGGAGUGCAGAUCCUCGGUUUAGUCUUUCGCAAGUGCUUUCCCCGAAAGACAAAGUCCCCACAAGAUGUUCAUCUCGCGCAUGGCGGCGGCCAUGGCGGCGAAGAACCCCUCGUGUCCCCACGGCACCGUCAUGGAACCAACGGUGGACGACAUGGAGACCAUGGUGGACCCGGUGGGGACGGUGGCCAUGACGGCCACCACCCUCAUGCCUCGGUCAAGACGUUGUCCGAGCUGACGCCGAUCCAGCUUCCUUGGUUUUCCCGGAAGCUCCUGCACUACUUUUUGAAGACUUUCUUGAUGCUGAACGGGCUGUUUGCUGCGAUCGCGAUGAACUCGGUCGUGUAUAUCCUGCCGGACGUGCCAGAUAUGGACUACACGGUCCUGCUCGUCUUGAUUGCGUCGCCGCUGCUUUUGAAUGCGUUCUACCUCGGGCCGCGCCUCAUGCUCCGGUUCAUGACGCUGUCGACGUUGUGGCAGCUCAACCCAGACAACGUGUCCGUCAUGGUCGGGCAGUACUUGAGCACGAUCGAGAUCAAGACGCACAUGGUCGAGAGCAUCCAGGCGUUUCUGGACAGGAAGGACCAAACCGUCGACGACCUGCGCGAUGACCUCGAGAAGAACGGCGGGACGAAGGACUUUAUCGACAUCGAGACGUUCCGCGUCGUGCUGGCGCAUUACGGGUUCCACGUGUCUGUGUUCAAGUUCAACGCCAUGAUCCGCCUCGUGUUCAAGACGAAGGGCGCCAUGGUCAACUACGAGCAGCUCCUCGCGCUCUUGGCCGGCGACAUCGACGUACGGAUUGACCAGACUGUCGAUAUGGCCAUGAUGACGGAGCGCAAUAAGUACAGCGUGGACGAUUUUGACUUUACGCUCGAUGAAGAGGACGACGGGAUGGAGAAGAAGACGAAAGCCCUCGGCAGCGUCGCUGUCGACAUUGGAAUCCGGCCUGUUCUUGAGCCGAUUGGGGUGCCCGCCGUGCCAAACGACGAUGCUAACUUUGCCACGCCAUCCGCCGACGGCGACCUCAUCCAUGGCCCCGUCUACUCGGAGCAGAGAUAACUGCGCUUCCUAUUUGAAUUUUCCGUUGUUUACGCUA